GGCUCGCGAGAAUAAUACUGUAUCUGGGCACUGGCGAUUGCCAGUACAUCGCUCAAGGAACGUGCUCCUCUGGUCCUGAGAGCGCGGCAAAUGAGUGUCACCGGCGCGCUUAUCCGCCGCGCCGACCGAGCAUAAGGGCUGGCCAGGAUCUCGCGCCAUGAAGUCUCCUCGUCCAAGCCCAGCCCUGAAGUUCAGCUGCCUAACGGUGCUACCUUUGUUGCUUUCGCUCGCUCUCCUGGCAGCUACAUGCAGUGCAAAUACAGAGAUUGUCAAUUUUGGCCCGCUGCUAUGUAGAGACGACCCUGAAGGCAGAGACGAGCUGUAUGCAGCUGCCAAGCUUGCGCAGGACUGGCCGACACUAGACAUCACACGUCCCGGCGGCUUAUUCUCAAUCGAACUAAGUGGUCCGUCACCUCUCCUCAAAGCCAGUGACAGUCGCACCGGUGCUUGGAUCAAACUCAAGCUUGCUCGGCCCAUCGAGGGUGGCCCCGUCGCUAGACAUCGGCCAGCAAAUCCACGCGAUCGUUUUCUACAGAAAGUGUGGCAUUCAAUCUUGUGGGCUCUCACUCAACGUUUUACUGUUAGAGCAAGCAUUGCAGCUAACCAUGCCACGGACACGAGACUGAGGGUCAUGAAUGCGCAUGAGAUGCUCGUCGCGGGCAAUCUGCGGCGUGUUGCACAAGACGGAAGCUCGUCUCCAGAUGACCGUGCUUCCACAGACGCGCCCAUUGUAAAAAUUGGCAACGCGCCGAGCUUGGAGCAAACGGCAGUGCCAUAUAAAGAUGUUCUGGAAGAGGGCAGGUACCUUGCUCGACAAGUACAGGAAGCAGAGCUUAGGGAGGAGCUCGAACGGUUUCCAUGCCAGGUCGCCUACCUGCAAGUGGUAGCAAUGCACAAUGCUAUUUCAGUGCCAGAGCGCCAAGAGUGUCUGUCUUUUAGCGGGGGAGCAUCAUCGCGCUUUUGGCAGAGUGUCCGUCGACUAUACUUCGAUCGUCUAGCCUGGGAUUCCGGACGCCCUUGUUCGGCAUCUGACGUGGAGCACGCUCCAAAGACGACUUCUGAGGGCGUCCAAAUAUCAUCCGACGAAGGUGGAGGCAUGCAAGCUCCUCAAGUCGCACCAAUUGCGCUGACAUUCGAGCAGCUUCACCUUGGAGUGCUGCCUACCACAGCGGCAUAUCUGGUCUGUACGCUCGUGAUUACGCUCGCGCUCGUACGCGUUAUCCUCGCACCCGUAGCGAGGCUGUACGUUUCGCAUGCUGUUGCGACGGCGCGGCAAGAUGUAGUCUCGCAUCGCGCCAAGAUAGAGUGAUUCAUGUUGUAUUCGGCCCUAGGUGCAGCUUGAAGCGGAUCCUUACAGCCGCCGAAUCGUAUGGUUGCA